GUUGUUUUUUAUUUGGCUGCGUACGGCGCACAAAUCUCGAAUUUUCCUUGUUAUAUUAAAUAUAUGAAUAAAUAUUGUACAAAAUGAGAACAAUUAUUAAUUUAACUUUCGCUGCGGCUAUUUUUAUGACAUUUGAUAUCGAUUAUAUUGAGGGAGGAAUGACUGUCGACCAAAUUAAAUCUUUUAUGAAACCAAUAGGUAAAAAAUGUCGUGAAAAAAUUGGGCUUGAUCCAGAGCUACAGGCAGGGCAACAUAGAGGAGAGUUCCCAGAAGAUGAAAAAUUAAUGUGUUACCAUGCUUGUCUUUAUGACACAGUAAAAGUUACUGAUAAAAACGGUGUAGCUAAUGCUGAUGUGGUAAUUAGACAAAUGGAGAUAAUGUUUCCAGAAGGUAUUAAACAAAUAGGAAUAGCAGGAGUCAAAAAAUGUAAUGAGCAAUUUCAUGUUGACGACACUUCUGUCCUGACCCCUCAAGAAGUUUGCAGAGCUAAUUAUAAUUACAUGAAAUGCUAUUACAUGGAAGCACAUGAAGCAUUCUUCUUUCCAUAAGAAGACAAAAUUAAUAUUAUUAAAUAAAUAUAAAAAUUAUUAUAACAAAUAACAUAUAAUUAUAUUGUAUUAAUUAAUUUUGAGGGAAACUGAUAAGAUUUUUUAGAAUAAUAGAUUAUUGUUACUGAUAACGUUUGUUAUUGCGAUUACGUAAUAAUAAUAAAAAAAUCUAACGACAUUAAAUUGUAUUAAAAAUAUAUGUAUAUGUAUACAUAAACAAAAUAAUAAUUGUAAUGAUAAUAAAAUAGUAACGUAACAUUUAUAUCAAAUGUAAUUAUCAAGGAAACACAUCCUGUCAUGUAUAAAAUCAUCUAAAAGACAUCAAGUAAUUAACAUCUGCAAGUGCAUAAAUCUAUAUAAAUAUAA